GAUCCUACUGAGACGGCAACUAGUGUUCCGAUCCUCCUUCCCCCUCCUUCCCCUUCCCCUUCCCCUCCCUGGAAAGGCUGGGACCCGGCACCAGGGCUAUCCCGUGGCCUUCGCGGCCUCAGCUCCAGUCAGGCUGGGGUACGUAGACUCCAGAUCGCGUUCAGGGCGGUGCGUAGUGCGCCUGCGCGAGCAUCUACUUAAAAGAAGAGUGCUCCUGAUUGUGACAUCACAUCCAUCCCUUGGCAAUGGAGCUUGUCACUAGGAAGGAAGACUCAGUCGAAGAAUAGCCGACAAGAUGGGUUACUUGGAGCAUUUCCUGAGUGGCACUGAGUGGAAGCAUCAGGGGGUUGGAGCCUUGUAAACAGGGAACCUGCCCCCACCACUUGGAAGGACCUGGGUUUCAGUGAUGAGACAUGGGGUAUGAUGUAACCCGUUUCCAGGGGGAUGUUGAUGAAGACCUUAUCUGCCCUAUUUGCAGUGGAGUCUUGGAGGAGCCAGUACAGGCACCUCACUGCGAGCAUGCUUUCUGCAAUGCCUGCAUCACCCAGUGGUUCUCUCAGCAGCAGACGUGUCCGGUGGACCGUAGCGUUGUGACGGUCGCCCACCUGCGCCCAGUACCUCGAAUCAUGCGGAACAUGCUGUCAAAGCUGCAGAUUGCCUGUGACAACGCUGUGUUUGGCUGCAGUGCCAUUGUCCGGCUUGACAACCUCAUGUCUCACCUCAGCGACUGUGAGCACAACCCGAAGCGGCCUGUAACCUGUGAACAGGGCUGCGGCCUGGAGAUGCCUAAAGAUGAGCUGCCAAACCACAAUUGCAUUAAGCACCUGCGCUCCGUGGUACAACAGCAGCAGACACGCAUCGCAGAACUGGAGAAGACGUCAGCUGAACACAAACACCAGCUGGCGGAGCAGCUGCUGCCAAUCGCAAUGACCCUGUGUUUGAAACCCUACGCACCGGGGUGA